UCGACCACAAAGUUCUUACAGGAUGAGGAAGUUAAAGGAACAGGGCUACGAGGACAUGCAUCCCUUCAUUCUCGACUUACAAAGUCGAGAUUCCGGGGCGCUCUUGCAUUGUUCUGUUGGCAAUAGACUUGGGGUAAGUAGAAAAUUCGAUGAGGCGGACAAUUUAGUGAAGCAUGCUGAAGUUCAAGCUGAAACAAAAUGGUGCAAGGAAGUACAUUACCAGUCCACCGUAGAUCUGGAUCUCCCAGAGCUAGUCGCAUUCUUGCAAGAUACAAGCGCUGCUGGUGAACGACAUCCUCCUCACGGAAAGUGCAGGGUGCAAGGUUGUGAACUCGACCGUAAUGCCAUUUCGUGCCUACUUGACUCGGAUACGGACAGCGGAAGCCAGGCGACUAGACAUGCUUUAUGGACGGAAACUUCUGCAUCAUAUGCCGUAAAAUUCGAGGCACAGCAAGUGCUCCACAAGGAUCAAGUAGAGAUACGCAGUCCUGGACAGGCUGCGAUGGAGAAGAAAGCAGAUGUUCACGUGAAAGACGAGAUUCCAGUCAAGCAUAUUUCACCUGAAAUGCCGCCGGUACACGGACAUAUUCCAGGUGAGACAUCUGCAGCACCAAUUUCUGCAGCUUCAUAUGUAGCGGCAGCAAUGGAGCACGAUGUUCCUCCCAACAUUAACCAACGACGAGAGUGUCCUGGGAGUUCAGAAUUUGCAGAUACUUUCGAAGUGGAAAGUAAGCCGAUGCUCGAAAGCGUGAUGCCGGGAGCCGGAACAAGAUCAGGUCAGAUACUCGUAAAGAAACAGGUUUGCGGCGAUGCCUAUUUCUCUGCACCUAGUUCAGUCACAACAACUCCGACGGAGUCCGAUACGGUACCGUAUUUCCGUACUAUCUCUCUUCGCUCGAAAUCGAAUAGCAGUACAGCCAGCUCUACGUCCUUUUCAUUUCCACUAUUGCCCUUCGAAUGGAAUGGCAGCCCGAUAAAGAUGGCGAAAGCCAACCAGACAAAAUUGCGGGAGCAGCAGAGCAGGCCACGGUGGACACGUUUUGUCUGCUGCAAACAGAAGUACAUAAGCCAGUGCGAUUCGGAUGAUGAGAUUGCUCAUAAGAUCGUGAAAUAGUUGUUGUGUAAUAAAUAGUUGUUGGCCAU